AUGGGGAGCUGUUUGCUGGUGUGCCCAGCUCGUGUCCGGCCUCACCCGUGUCUGCACGUCUCUUGGCAGGUUGGUUUUGACCCACACCCACCCAUGAGAGCCCCCGGCCUGCCCUCGAGCCUGGCGUCCAUCCCCGGAGGGAAGCCAGCCUACUCCUUCCACGUGAGCGCCGACGGGCAGAUGCAGCCGGUCCCCUUUCCCCACGACGCCCUGGCGGGUCCCGGCAUCCCGCGGCACGCCCGGCAGAUCAACACGCUGAGCCACGGGGAGGUGGUGUGCGCCGUCACCAUCAGCAACCCCACCAGGCACGUCUACACCGGGGGCAAGGGGUGCGUCAAGAUUUGGGACAUCAGCCAGCCGGGCAGCAAGAGCCCCAUCUCCCAGCUGGACUGCCUGAACAGAGAUAACUAUAUCCGCUCCUGCAAACUCCUCCCCGACGGCCGCACGCUGAUCGUGGGCGGCGAGGCGAGCACCCUCACCAUCUGGGACCUGGCUUCCCCCACGCCCCGCAUCAAGGCCGAGCUGACCUCCUCCGCCCCCGCCUGCUACGCCCUGGCCAUCAGCCCCGACGCCAAAGUCUGCUUCUCCUGCUGCAGCGACGGCAACAUCGCCGUCUGGGACCUGCACAACCAGACGCUCGUCAGGCAAUUCCAAGGCCACACGGACGGUGCCAGCUGCAUAGAUAUCUCGCACGACGGUACGAAGUUGUGGACGGGGGGUCUGGACAACACAGUGCGCUCCUGGGACCUGCGGGAAGGGAGGCAGCUCCAGCAGCACGACUUCACCUCCCAGAUCUUCUCGCUGGGGUACUGCCCGACGGGCGAGUGGCUGGCGGUGGGCAUGGAGAGCAGCAACGUGGAAGUGCUGCACCACACGAAACCCGACAAGUACCAGCUGCACCUCCACGAGAGCUGCGUCCUCUCCCUCAAGUUUGCCUACUGCG